CACGCGGACGUCGACUGGAUCUCGACAUUGGUGUUAAUGUGUCGCGCGACGUGUCAUACCGUAUGUGUGCAUGCCGGAUCUAAGGUGAUCUCUGGUCGGCUUCUCUCACAAUUAAACCUAACAUAACGAGUGCUCUGCAUCGCGAGAGCAUAGUGUCCGGUGGUGACGACGAUACGUCGGAUUCGGUCGGUUCGUCGCAACGUCACGGUGCCAGUGAACGUUCAACGCCGCUUGACGUGGACGACAGUGACGGGGUUUAGUGUGCGCAAAAGUUUCGUGUCGAGCUGCCACUGUGGCAGCCAGUGUGGUUCUAUGCGGCAGUACAACGAGGAAGAGUGGAAUCCAGAUGGUAAAGGUCGCCAGUCUAACGACACCGGUGGAUCCAUCAGGGGGGAGGUUGACCUCAGCUCGAACGAACUCACACCUGGCAGACGGCCUUGCGUUGGCGGCAGCGGUGGCGGCGGUGGCGGCGUCGGAGUCGGAGGCGGUGGUAGUGUCUUGGGGGUCGGUGCUGGCGGCGGCGGCAGCGGCGGGGCGGCUCGGGGGUCGAAGCUCCUCUGGGAGUGGCCGCUCGAGGGACGAGCCGAGAAGGCAUACUCUCGGUGGCAACGAUCAUCAAGCCUCUCUUCAUCAUCAACAGUUCAACGCGCAGCAGCUGCACCCCCUGCAUCCGCAUCAUUUGCCGCCACCGCACGGCCAGUACGGCACUCCGCCCACGCGGCACACCACCAUGGAUCUCGAGAUGGGGACCAAGUCUCGCCAGAGAAAGUCGCCUCUUCCGCGUGGAUACCCGCCACCGUCUUCGACGAUGCUUUUCGAUGACGACCCAGGCAUCAUGUCUGAGGUGGAGACCUCCAGUACGGGAUUUCGACGGGGCGGUAAGCAAAGGAGCAGCUUGCCCGUCGUACGAACUCCCAGCAAGACUUUGGAGCGACCACUAGGAUUGGUGUUCCUGCAGUAUAGGAACGAAACGAAGAGAGCAUUGCUACCAAACGAGAUUACCAGUAUAGACACCGUCAAAGCUCUCUUCGUUAGAAGCUUUCCGAAACAACUCACUAUGGAAUACCUGGAUAGUCCUCACGUAAAAGUUUACAUUCACGAUAGUAACAAGGAUAUGUUCUACGAACUCGAAGAUAUAAGAUCGCAUCUAAGAGAUAUCAAAGAUCGCAGUGUCUUGAGACUUUUCGAGAGUGCCGACGGAAUGACAGGGAUGCCGGGGCCCUUGGGGAUGCCGGGAGGUGGCGGUCUGCCGCCCCAUUGGGAAGAUCAGAGCUACUUCAGUGAACCGGAAUUCGACAGCGAGUAUCAGCAUCAGCACAUUCACAAGAGUAAGGUAAGUGCGCGUUAACGACUUCCCAUUCUUAACUUUACUCUUUUUUUAUACUCCUCCUUGAGGAGAAAAUCGAUUAAGUGUUUUUCAGUUUGUCUACCGUCAAAUCUACUUUGCAAGAUUGCAUUUGGAAAAUAUUUUUUUAUCCUAUUGUGCAUAAUGUAACCUUGCAUAUCCAGCGGGAGUGUAUUAUUAUUAAGAAUUUUUGAACGCUCACAUCUUCUAUUAAUAUCUCUUUCGAAGAAACAAAGUAAA